AUGGCACCCUCAGCUAUCAGCGAAGCCAUUGUCGACGUGGUAGAGCCCAGGAAGGACACGCUCCCGUUGCCAGACGCGACCCUUGAGCGUCUGACCAAAGCUGGCAUCGACCUGUCCAAGGGCUACCCGUACCGGCCGGCCAAGCCCCUGUACCUGGAUGACGUCUACAAGAUCCGCGGCGAGGAGCGCGAGUAUGUAGACGCCGGGACAAGGGCGGACAAGUCCAAGAAGAGCUUGUUGUCGGCGGCAACCAAGGUGACGGACCUGACGGUUCACAUCGGCACCGAGAUCGAAGGGCUUCAGCUCAAGGACCUCACCCCUGAGCAACGGGACGAGCUCGCCUUGCUAAUCGCCGAGAGAAGCGUUGUGUUUUUUCGAGACCAGGACAUCUCGCCGCAGCAGCAACAGGAGCUAGGCGAGUGGUUUGGCGAGGUCGAGGUCCAUCCCCAACACCCCCAUGUUCCUGGUAUUCCAGGCGUAAAUAUCAUUUGGCCAGACCUGUUUGCGCAGGAGUUGGGGGCGCCCAGCUUCCGCAAGCCGGGUGGCGCCUCUAGAUGGCACUCGGAUCUCGUCCAUGAGCUGCAGCCAGCCGGUAUUACCCACCUACACAACGACGCCAUACCUCCCAUCGGUGGCGAUACCUUGUGGGCAUCGGGAUAUAGCGCGUACGAGAAGCUCAGCCCAGAUUUCCGUGCCUUCCUCGACGGAAAGAAGGCCGUCUAUCGCUCGGCCCAUUCCUAUUUGGACCGCGAGAACCCUACAGGCGGCCCCCACCACAUUGAGCGCACCCAUCCCCUUGUGCGCGUGCACCCGGCCACGGGCUGGAAAGCGCUCUGGGUGAACCGGGGCAUGACUGACAGGAUCGUGGGGCUCGACAAGGCUGAGAGCGACCUCAUCCUCAACUACCUGUACGACGUGUACGAGAAGAACGUCGACAUCCAGGUCCGCUUCAAGUGGACCCCGAACACCAGCGCGCUCUGGGAUAACAGGGUCACCAUACACAAUGCCAGCUGGGACUACGGCGGCCGUUACCCGCGCCACGGCACACGCGUCACAUCGCUUGCCGAGGUUCCCUACUUUGACCCUAAGGCACCCACCCGUCGCCAGGCUCUUGGGAUUCUCGACAAAGGUGAGCAGGAAGCCUUGGACCUUGUCACUGCUAAGCUCAGGGAGACUUUGCUGUGA